UUUGCAGAUAUUAGCAGCAAUGAUGCAAAUACGAAAGGAGAAGCGUAAUUUUUCCCCGUUCUUUUUGUCGGUGGGAAGUUGUUUACCUAAAUACGACAUCAAGAAAGCAAGAAAGUGGUUUCUUUACAAUUACACAGUAAUGAAUGGUUCAUCGACCGUUUGGAGUACAAUCGGUCGACUUGCGUCAUUUCUCACUGAUUACGACAGUCUCUUUUAUUUCCAAGACUCUCACGGUGGAGAAGAAUCUCUUCAACGCUUUUUCUCUCAAGAUAAUUAUCUUCGAAUUCAGGACGAUUCUUUAACCGGGGCAAUGCGUUCAAUGGACGUUGCGACGAAGACGAAUUUGAAGAAUUUAGUGAAAGUCGGAGAAAAUUUGUUGAAGAAACGAGUUUCGAGGCUAGAUUCAAAAAGUAGAAAUUUUGUGCCGAUUAGCGAGGAAACGAACGAGGAAGCACUGUUUAAACUAGCAGCAGAGCUUUCGUGGGAGAAGCGAAUUCGAGAUCCGGAUUUUCUUGCGAUAGCAACAAUAUAAUAAAUACAUAGGCAUCGAUACAAAUUUAUUGUGGGGAAAUAUUAUUUUUAUUAUUUAAGUACAUAAUUGUUAUAGGAAAUUCUUGAUCUCAUUUAUAUAUUGUUUUUUCUCUUGCUACAAUAAUAUUGUCAGUUGUCACAAUUCAAACAUAAUAUAUUAUUUCUAAGUAAUAUAUCAAUGAUUCUAUUUGAAGCAUAUUUACAGAUAAAAUUAUAGUAGAAUCUCGAUAAAUUAAUAACCUCAUUAAAAUUAUACAUUUUCGGGGUCCCGAGUUCAAAAAUAUUUCAAUAGAUUAAUAUUUCG